AUGUCCACAGCUAGCCCAUCGGUGCCUACUACUUCGGCGACCCAAUAUGGCGCGUCGUCUGUGCACACUGCACAGCCUCAAGCGAAUCACGGAGGCACUCCGUCUAUGCAUAGCCAUGCGGGCACAACUUUGACGGCCUCUGAUCCUCAUGUUGGCCAUGGGCCUGGCACCGCGGGUCUGUAUCAAGACAGUGUAGGCCAAGGUCCUCAUCACAUCGCUGGCUCGUUCGCAGGCACGCAGUUAACGCCUAUGACUUCACCAUAUGGCACAGCUGCGUAUGGAACCGCACAGCAUCCUAUGUACAGCACAUCAUAUACGGGACACCCAUAUGCGCCUUAUCCAAACUACUUUGGUCAUAUUUCUCAUUAUGGGGCCCAUCCUCCGCAUUAUGCUAGUGCUGGAUCCAGCCCUGCGUAUCACACGCCAAUCAUGAGCAGCAUGAUACCUCACAGUGCCUAUAACCCACAUGCAGCAGGUCAUAUGCCCUCGCAUCAUGCUCCAACCACGGCUGUACCAAUUCCCAUGGCUAGUUCAUCCGCUGGCACGGCGACGCCUGCUGGACCGAGCAUGGCGUCGAAUGCUAUGAUGCCUACUUCCACUUAUGGCUCAGCAUCUCAAUACAGUGCACCCGUUCCGUGGACUGGCCGGCAUCGUGUAACGACCACGUUGUGGGAAGAUGAAGGCACGCUCUGUUUCCAGGUGGAUGUCAAAGGAGUUUGUGUAGCACGUCGUCACGACAAUAACAUGGUGAAUGGCACUAAGCUAUUGAAUGUUUGUGGCAUGUCUCGUGGAAAGCGCGACGGCAUUCUAAAGAAUGAGAAGGAGCGUAUCGUUGUCAAGGUUGGAGCGAUGCAUCUCAAGGGGGUGUGGAUUGCGUUUAGCCGUGGCAAGCAACUGGCAGAGCAACAUGGAAUUGCCGAUAUCUUGUAUCCACUCUUUGAACCGAACAUCCAGUCUUUUUUAUAUCAUCCAGACAAUUAUCCUCGCACAGCCGCUGUUAUGGCUGCGGCACAAGAGCGCCAAGCUCAUCGUCAUUAUGGCAUGGCGGGCGGGACGAGCGCCCCCGUCAAAGAUGUUAACGGCAAUGAUAUAAGUGCGAAUAUUCCCUUGCAUUCUGGCUUGCCACAUGGUCAUUGGUCUGGCUCGCAGCUGGCGCAUGAUACAUCUGCGGCUAGUCCUGCUGGGACUGAUGCAUCGAUGCAGUAUCCUUAUGCGCAACAUCAUCCUCAUUACCACCACCAAGCACAAGCGAUACCUCCUCAGGCUCACACUUCAGCGUCUCAAGCGCAGACUUCUACGUCUGGAUCGGCCGCAGCGCCGCCUGGCAACGUGUUCAGCCCACCUAACCCGGCCUAUUCUGCCCAGGCAAUGCAGCCAGCUGUCCGCCCAGCCCCAACGAACAUGAUGAUGGACCGCCGGCUUGAUCAACCCUCAGACGCAUGUGGCAUUCAACCACCUGGUUUAUCGGGCGCAAUACAAGCACCCGGUAAUGCAGCCAAUACACGCCGCAUGCCGAGCCUGAAGCGGUCCGCAAGUGAACAUGGCGCCCAGCUGGGUGACGUAUCCCAUCAUGAUGAGUUUGACCAGUGCGCAGGCAGUGCAGCGGCUCCCAGCAGUGUUGUGUCUGGGAACGGUCCUCGACCUUCCACUGACUCUUUCGCCACGAAUGCGCUAGCAACGCCCAACUUUUCACUUGACGACAUGAAAUUGGAAAAGCGUCAGAAAAUUGAGUCGCCAUCGGUUCAACCAUCUUCGCUGGACAUGGUAUACCCGGGAGAAUCGCGUGCAUCUGAACCUGAUUCACGCCCACAAGUUCAAGAAGAAUAA